GAUAUAAACUCAACCAACCAGAAAACAAAAGCUUCAUAGUUAAGAGGUUACCAAAAUGGGAGAAACUGCAGCAACAUUGAAUCUUCCUAUCAUAGAUCUCUCAUCACUCGAUCGUAUUUCCACAUCGAAUUCCAUCCGUCAGGCAUGCGUUGAGUAUGGUUUCUUCUACCUUGUGAACCAUGGUGUGGAUCAAGAUUUUAUGAAGCAAGCGUUUGAGGAGAGUGCAAAAUUCUUCUCACUUCCAAUCCAAGAUAAAACUAAGUUGAACCGCAAGGAGUAUAGAGGCUAUACACCUCUAUAUGCCGAGAAACUUGACCCUACUUCACUCUCCAAAGGUGAUCCAAAAGAGAGCUAUUAUAUUGGCUCUUUAGCAGAUACAACUAGUGCUAGUCUCAAUCAAUGGCCUUCUAAGGAUUUACUGCCAAAUUGGAAACCAACCAUGGAAUCCUUAUUUGGGAAAAUAUUAUCAGCUGGCAACAAAUUGUUGUCUGUAAUUGCUUUGUCUUUGGAUCUUGAUGAAGAUUACUUUGAUAAGAUCAAUGCCUUAAGCAAACCAGAAGCUUUUCUCCGCCUUUUGCGCUAUUCAGGUGAAUUGGGAUAUUGUGGUGCCUCUCCUCAUUCAGAUUAUGGUAUGAUCACCCUCCUAAUGACCAACGGUGUUCCAGGAUUGCAGAUCUGCAAAGACAAGCUGAAGCAACCACAGGUUUGGGAGGAUGUGUCUCAUGUAGAAGGGGCAAUAAUUGUAAACAUUGGAGACAUGAUGGAGAGAUGGACAAAUUGUGUAUACCAGUCAACACUUCACAGGGUGAUGCCAACUGGAAAAGAACGCUAUUCUGUGGCGUUUUUCAUGGAUCCACCGUCUGACUGUAUAGUAGAAUGCUUUGGAAGUUGCUGUAGUGAAUCAUCUCCACCUAGAUUCCCUCCAAUACGUAGUGGGGACUACUUGAAUGAGAGGUUCAAGAUGAUAUAUGGUUCUGAAAAGGAACUUAAAAGCUCUAUCCAAUCAAACUAAAGGUUGUAUAUAUGCUGCCUACAUGCAAAGUGGGGAUUUAAAUAAGUUUGCAAAAUCUUCUCUUAUCAAUAUUGAUUGUUGCCAUAUCAUUUCGAGUUUGUUAAUGUUAUUGUUGUUUGUAAACAACAAGACAAUGUUGUUUUCUUAUAUUAAAAAAGUAUUGUUUGUAUAACAAUUGUAUUUGCAUAAAUAAUUUAUUUAAGUAUUUAUAAAAGGAGAGUUUAU